AUGGCGGAAUUGUACGAACCACUUCCACCCCGGACUAUACGACUACUUCGUGUGCUACCAGGCGAUACCGAGGCACCGAUGGAAUGCGAGCUACUCUUGCUUCCUAUGCCAGAAAGCAGUGGACAAAUGCAACUAUACGAAGCACUGUCCUAUGUCUGGGGUAGCGAGGACAAGCCUCGCUCUAUUCUCGUCUCUGGGCACCUUGUUCAUAUUGGAACGAACUUGUACCAGGCUCUACUUCGUCUGAGACAUCGCGUGCUUGAUAGAGUCCUCUGGAUUGAUGCGAUAUGCAUCAAUCAGGCGGACACGGGGGAGAAGUCACAGCAGAUUCCAUUAAUGUCGCAAAUUUACCAUCAAGCAGGUCGCGUGAUUGUGUGGCUCGGGGUAGAGGCUGAUGAUAGCACUCGUGCAUUAGACGUCAUCAUCAAUGCAAAUGGAAAUCGAUCGAAUAGUACGCGAUCCCGCCAUCCACCCUCGCCAUCGGCGCAGGGCAAUUCAUCUUCGGAUGAACCAAGAAUGGAGAAUCGCCUCGAGGGUCGCCUCUUUGAUGAGCAUGAUUCAUCACCGAGCGUUUCGAUCUACUCAAGCUCUGAUGAUGAAGUGUUUCAUGCCGACACUGACUCACAGCAAUCAGUAGAAUCUGGGUUACCAGAUCUGCCACAGCAUCCUGCUGCUUCUGAAGACGAUCUGAAUCAUUGGCACAUGGACAAUGCAACCCAAGCUGCCAUAUUUGCUGUUCUCACAAGACCAUGGUUUCGUCGCAUAUGGGUCCUUCAAGAGGUAAGCUCGUCCCGUUACACCUUAAUGGUGUGUGGUUCGGCUGAGGUCAACGGGUAUGCCUUCUGUUUAGGAGUGCUUGCACUGAGCGACCUGCUCAAGAAGCGCCUCGACAUAUUCGGCUGGAUUAUGCCUGUAGUGAACCUCAUGACUACGUCCACACUGGAACCGAAUCGCGCCAACUUGAUGCCACUCGGAGAAUUGGUAGACAUGUACCAUACUCGCUAUUCCACCAUGCCCCACGAUAUGCUUUAUGCAUUGCAGGGUUUGUGCUCUGAAAGUUUCGAGGACAUUGGGGUUUUGGUCGACUACUCCAAGGGUUGGGAUCAGGUUUUUUACUCCUUCCUGCGAGUCUUAUUCCCAGAAGCAUCAAGAUUCCAUGUCCCAGCUGAUGGACGUUGUGCGGGCAUUCGACAUGCCGCAAAGAUCAUCGGCAAGGUUAUCGCCGUGGAAAACUUCGCUCAACGAGGCGGCUUUCAGGAAACCAUAAUUCAAAGACGCACAAAUAUGAGCAACGUGUAUGAUAAUCAAACCUGGCACGUUCCAAACUCAGCUAACUCCAUUCAAACUGGAGAUUUCAUCUGUCUGUUUGAAGGGAAUAUGCGUCCUGCUGUGGUGCGCGCUCAGAGAGACUACUUUGAAUUACUAAUCGUUGCGCCGUCUUGGGAGAAGCAGGGUAUGUCAAGAACAGACUGGCAGAAUGUCGCAGACUUUGAGACGAAAUUUGACUUGCUUCCUUUCGUAUGGGACUGGCAACGCCAUGGCAAAGUUGACCGCGGGGAUUACCAUCAAAACCUGCUUCGCACAGUACUGGAUCUCAAUCACUUGAUAGACCCGAGAGAUAUCUCUCUAGCGCGGCUAAAAAGACUUUGGGACAUCGCAAUGGCUAUUUCUCCAUUAUCAUCGCCACGCAGAGAUAUCCAAGACACGGAAGAUUCGAGGCUGGAGGCCAUGAAGAUCCACAGCAAAUCAUAUGGCUUCUCACCCAACGAUAUGCACAAACUCAAUGGAUUCCCUUUGCUUUCUUUGGCCGCCUCUCACGGAUCCUAUCAGCUUGCUCAGGAUCUUUUACGCAAUGGCGCAGAUGUGAACCUCGCUGACCGUAACGGCAAAACAGCGCUCUGCUACGCGGAAGAACGCGGAGAUGUUGAUCUCGCUGAAUAUUUCUUGGCAAAUGGCGCACAACGCAGUAGUACCAUGUACAGCCAAUCGUCCUACGACUUAAAUAGGGUAGUAUUCAAUAACCUGUCGUCGAUUCUAGAAUCUUGGUACUCCUCAAAGGAGGAAUUCCACCGAUCAAUGCGAGGGACGAGCUAG